CUCCGAUAAAGUAAUGGCAAAACCACUUGGACUAUAAAAGACAACAAAUCAUAUUCCUCCGGAGUAUAUACACCCCGUUGUCCACCCAAUGAGUUCCUAUUUUGUUAACUCAACUUUUCCCGUGUCUCUGCCGGGAGGACAGGACUCUCUCCUGGGUCAGAUACCGCUUUAUUCCUCGGGAUACACCGAUCCGUUAAGACACUACUCCAACGCAGCCACAUAUGGAGCAGCCAAUAUGCAGGAGAAGGUUUACCCAGCGUCUUACUACCAGCAGACGGGCGCAGCGGCCGCGGCCAUCUACGGCCGGGCCGGUGGCGGAGCGCCUUGCGACUACAACCCGGUCGGGACUUUCUACAAGGACGCGGAGGGCUCGUGCGCUUUCUCGAGCCGCGAGGACCAGCCGCUGUUCGUCACUCAGGAGCACCAGCAGCGCAAAGCGGAGUGCCCGGAGCAAGCUGUCAGCAUGGGCAGCAGCAUCGACGACAAGUCGUCCACUCUCAUCUACCCGUGGAUGCAGAGGAUGAACGCCUGCUCCGCCGGCCCGUUUGGCAGCAGCGGCCGCAGGGGCCGACAGACCUACACCCGCUACCAGACUCUGGAGCUGGAGAAGGAGUUCCACUUUAACCGCUACCUGACCAGGAGGCGCCGGAUAGAGAUCUCCCACGCCCUGUGCCUGACGGAGAGACAGAUCAAAAUCUGGUUUCAGAACCGCAGGAUGAAGUGGAAAAAGGAGAACAAACUCCUCAAUCCCUCAAAAACGCCCGAGGAGGAGGAACAGGCGGAGAAAAAGAGCUAAAAGGACACUUAAAAAAUACAAAAUAAACGGCAUGUGUGUGUGUAUAUGUGCACACUCCUGAAAUAAAAUAAUGUAUUAUUUCUUUGUAGAUACAAAGUGCUGCCAAAUCACAUGUUAGAGACGUGUAGAGUUUCCUCCAGUACCUGCACGGUGACCGUGUCCGCAUUAGGUUGAAAUCAGGUCCUCCUUUGUUUGUCCUGUGUGUGCUCGUGACUUUAUUUAGGGGACUAUGCAAAAAUAAAUAAACAAACAAAUAAAAAAUCCGCCAAAAUGUAAAUAACUUUUAGUGUUUGGUUCUUGUUGUUACCUCAUGAUCGUGGAGGCCUACUGAGUUUCUUUCUUUGGUUUUUAUUUGACAUUAAAGAGGGUUUCGUCCUCUGACUGUACUUCCCGUGGCUGUGGUCGCUCUGUGAUAGUCUGUAGGCUUGUUUUGUGCCAUUACAUUUGUACAGAUGUUACAUGUUAUUUAUUGUUGUCUUCGAUGCACAUCUGGAUAUUGUGUGCAAUAUUUUGUUUAGGAAAUUGUACAUAGAAAU